AUGAGGGACGUGGGCAACAGCUCCUCGGGUCGCUUUAUUCUGAUGGGCAUAUCUGACCACCCCCAGCUGGAGACGAUCUUCUUCAUAGUCAUCCUCUUCUGUUAUGUGCUGACCCUCAUGGGGAACUUAACCAUCAUCCUGCUUUCCCGGAUCGAUGUCCGGCUCCGCACACCCAUGUACUUCUUCCUUAGCAACCUCUCUUCCCUGGACCUUGCCUUCACCACCAGCUCGGUGCCCCAGAUGCUGAGAAACUUGUGGGGGCCAGACAAGACCAUCAGCUACGGUGGCUGCGUGACCCAGCUGUAUGUCUUCCUUUGGCUGGGGGCCACUGAGUGCAUGCUGCUCGUGGCCAUGGCCUUCGACCGCUGCGUGGCCGUUUGCAGGCCUCUGCACUACAUGAGCAUCAUGAGCCCCCGGCUCUGCCGGACGCUGGCCACCUUCAGCUGGGUAGGUGGCCUGGGCAACUCUGUGAUCCAGUCGACAUUCACUCUGCAGCUCCCAUUUUGUGGGCGCCGCGAGGUGGACAACUUCCUGUGCGAGGUGCCCGCCCUGAUCAAGCUGGCCUGCGGAGACACGAGCCUCAACGAGGCGGUGCUCAGCGGCGUGUGCGCCUUCUUCACUGCGGUCCCGCUGGGCGGCAUCCUGACCUCCUACUGCCUCAUCGCGCGGGCCGUGCUCAGGCUCCGCUCGGCCGAGGGCCGGCGGAAGGCCUUCAACACGUGCCUCUCGCACUUGGUGGUGGUGGUCCUCUUCUACGGCUCCGCCAUCUAUGGGUAUCUGCUGCCAGCUAAGAGCAGCAACCAGGACCAGGGCAAAUUCAUCUCCCUCUUCUACUCUGUGGUCACGCCCAUGGUGAACCCUCUCAUCUAUACGCUGAGAAACAAAGACGUGAAGGGAGCACUGAGAAGGCUGGGGAGGAAGGGAAGGGGAGGAAGCUGA